GCCGCUAGUCAUCAUUCGUAGUCGAAUAAACCGUAUCGUACGACAGAUGCGAGUAACGAACAAAUGCGAGUAACGAAACGAAUUUGUGAGUACCGAAUCGGUACUUCGAGUCAACCGAUGUACCCGUUACUCAGUAACGAAUACAUGCGGUUUGCUCCAGCUCUACUGUCUGGCGUUACUCGUAAGAAGCCAUUUUACGGCCAUUGUCUGUCUUCUGUCUGCGCAAGCAAAGAUUUAAUUGAGCAAUUUGAUAGUAUCGUUGAAGAUGGUAAAGUGCGAUAAAUUUGAAAGGGUCUUAAAGCCAGCUUUCGAUCUUCGGCAGCUGCCGAGAUGGGUGAAUUUGAAUGCUGCCCCUAUGGACGGUCUGGAUUAUUUAUACAGAGUGAGGCUAGAAGCGACAAAGUAUCCGGAAGUUGCUGUAUCAGAUAUGGACACCACUCAGUUCGCGCAUCUUCAGAAUUUUAAAGUAGAAAAAUCGAAUGAAUUUAUUAUCGCAAAACCAGGAUUUGCGCCGAAUCAUAAACUGCAGAAGGCGCAGCUGGAUUUAUUCCUACGUCAGAGAAGGCGUAUAUUGAAAAAUCGAGCUUUGCUGAAAAGGAAAUUUCCCCGAGGUGUCGUACCAAAGCCUCAUAAGAAGGAAGCAUGGAAAGAGUAUUGCUUAGGACCGGAAAAGCUAGAUGAAGAUACCGAUGUAGUUAUACUACCAGAAAGUUCUGUCUGUGAACCGACGGCUGAAAACAAAGAAUUUCAUUUGAACCUCAUCGGCAAGCCACCGUUGCUUAGUGUCGUAGUCCAUUUAAACCAACGAGUUGUAAUAAAACUGUUAUCAUAUCACAAAGAUUGGCUUGAAGAAGGUGCGUAUACACACGAUAAUGGUGUUUGGCUUUAUUCUCUUCUUGCAUGUCUUGAGAAGCCUCUAUAUCCAGAUACUCAUGCUCUUCUGCGUUCUAUAUCGAGGCUUUGCUCUAGCUUCAGAGCAGAAAUAACAGAUCCAGAGAGUGAUAUAUUAAAAUCUUUGAAUCUAAUCAUUUCGAUCAUAGCCUAUUGCUUUGAUCAAAAAGAUAUGUCAGAUGACUUUGCUCUUUGACUUUUUCUAAUAGCUGUCAUUUCUUGGACAUAAUGUAACUAGGUUACAUAUGUUACAAUCAACAUAGUUAUUGAGCAAAAAAUUUUAUAACUCAUUAUGCCAUGCAUAAGAUUUCUUUCUCUUUUUUUCAUUGUAAUACCGCCACUUGGCUUUGUUUCUGUAAUGUGUUAGCUUUUUAUAUUAAAAAUUCUGUAAUGUGUUAGCUUUUUAUAUUAAAAAUUAUGUAAUGUGUUAGCUUUUUAUAUUAAAAAAAUGACCUUUAAAA